AGCAGCAUGUUUGGACUGUGUAGUGGUGUUGGGAUGGCGGUGGCAACGGUGGUGGUGGUGGUGGGUGUGUUUUCAUGGAGGGUUUUCGAUAUGGUGUGGUUGAAACCAAAGAAGAUGGAGAAGUGUCUAAGAGACCAAGGACUCAAGGGAACCUCCUACAAGUUGUUAUAUGGAGAUGUUAAGGAGAUGGUGAAAAUGAUAACCGAAGCAUAUCGCAAGCCCAUAAACUUGAAUGAUGAUAUCGUGCCCCGAGUUUUGUCAUUUUUUCAUAGUGUUGUUACCACUCAUGGAAGUAAGAAUUGCUUUACAUGGAUGGGACCAAGGCCUAUACUACACAUAUCCGAUCCAACAAUGAUAAAGGAGAUUUUAGGAAACUAUGAAGCCUUUCAAAAGCAAAGAGGCGGAAACCCAUUAACGAGUUUGCUAGCAAAAGGACUGGUGGACGUUGAGGGUGAUCAAUGGGUGAAACACAGAAAGAUCAUUAAUCCCGCCUUUCAUGUCGAAAAGCUUAAGCAUAUGGUGCCGGCUUUUUAUGUGAGUUGUGAUGAGAUGAUUAGCAAAUGGGAAGAAACAUUAAACGGAAAAAGAUCGUGUGAAAUGGAUGUGUGGCCGCAUCUUCAAACAAUGGCCGCUGAUGUAAUUUCACGCACAGCGUUUGGUAGUAGCUAUGUAGAAGGAAGAAAGAUUUUUGAACUUCAACAUGAACAAUCCGAGCUAGUUAUAACCGCUUUUCAGUCUAUUUAUAUUCCAGGAUCACGAUUUCUACCAACGAAAAGCAACAAGAGGAUGAAAGCAAUUGCCCGCGAAGUAAAGGGUUUGGUAAAGAAUAUUAUUGAUAAGCGAGUGGCGGAGGGGGGAAAUAGCAAGGACGACCUCUUGGGCAUACUCUUGGACUCUAAUAAUAAAGAAAUAAAGCAACAUGGACAUAACAAAUUUGGACUCAGUAUUGAUGAUGUCAUUGAAGAAUGUAAACUCUUCUAUUUUGCAGGCCAAGAAACUACAGCAAAUUUGCUUGUUUGGACUAUGAUUUUGUUAGGCCAACACAUAAAUUGGCAAGAUCGCGCUAGGGAAGAAGUUUUAAAGGUUUUUGGAGAUAGAAAACCAGAUAUUGAGGGGUUGAAUCAACUUAAAAUUAUCAACAUAAUCUUCCUCGAGGUUCUUAGGUUAUACUCUCCGGUGGUAGGAAUGGCCCGAAUGAUUCAUAAAGAAACCAAACUAGGAAACAUCACUUUACCUGCCGGAACACUCAUGCAAGUGCACACAAUGCUUACACAUUAUGAUCCUACUAUAUGGGGCGACGAUGUAAAGGAGUUCAAACCAGAAAGAUUUUCACAAGGCGUGUCAAAGGUGACCAAGGGACAAACUGCGUUUAUCCCGUUUGGAGGGGGUCCACGUGUAUGUAUAGGACAAAAUUUUGCUAUGUUGGAAGCAAAAAUGUCGCUCGUUAUGAUUCUGUCACGCUUCUCAUUUGAGCUCUCGCCUUCGUAUUCACAUGCUCCGUAUACUAUCAUCAGUCUUCAACCUCAAUUUGGUGCACAUUUAAUUUUGCAUAAACUCUAGUGAUUACGGCUAGCUACACUGUUCUUUAUGGCUAAAGCAUUUGAAAAUAAUUUUGUAGUUUACACUUACACCAUAUAUCAGGCAUUUUGCUUGUAUA